UGAACUUCACCAGAUCGUUCAUUCUCUGGUCGUGGUUCUGACUUUUCCUCUUUCUACUGCAAAAAUCGGGAUACAAUCGGUCCGUCUCAAAACACAUGUACCACAAAUUUGGAAAUAAUCUGUCGUUUUAACUAAUAUCCUGGCAGUUGACCAAAGGAAAAGAAUAACUUAUUGCAAAGAUGGAUAUGGAACUAAAGAAGGCUUUCACCGAGAUGCAGGUGAACAAAAUUGAAUCAACCAAAAAGAUUCGUCUGCUGGAUAUGAAAACCGAUAGUCUCAAGGUGCAAAAGCAGCGGAUAGAGGUAACGAGCAAGGAAAUUUCGGGCCUUAACACAGAAACGAAGGUUUAUGCUUCUGUUGGUCGAAUGUUUGUCUUGUCGGAUGUUCCUUCUCUGACGGAAGAGAUGAAGACGAAACAAACUAGUUUCGAGGACAUGAUAAGCCAGUGUGACAAGAACAAGGAAUUUCUGCUGAAAAAUCUAAAGGAGCAGGAAGAUAGCUUACGAGAACUGGUCCAACAGAAGCGAACUGAAUCGACCACUAAAGAAAACGGAACCGACAACAAAAAAGAGUAAACGUUCUACUUUCUUCAAAUAGGUUCUAAGCAGUACUCAUUCAAAACCAGAUACCAUUAUUCUCAGUUAAGGAUGCAUUUCGGAUUACUAAAUACCCGGGAAAAGUAUCGCAAUUUUUUUUUGUAACCAUUCUUUGAAUAAAACAUUAACGCUUGAACGGAUUA